UAGUAGUACCUGCGGGUUCGGACAUGGUACCGGUACCGGUACGGUACCUAUCCGCCCAUGGUAAUUAAUUUUGUGCUGGGUAGUGUGUUCUUAUGGUUUACCACAAUCUGACAAUAUCGUUAGACUACCGGUAUUCAAAUCAUCGAGCUUUCACCAAUUUGGAUUUUUUUCAGCAAUUGAAUAGGUGCGGUAGUCAAUUUUAAUUUAGGAAAAACUCAUUGCUCUAGUUGAGGAAUAUCCUUGCCUGUAUAAUACCACACAGGACUCGUACCGCCGAAAGGAUUUCAAAGGCAAUGCUUGGGCAGAGAUAGCUCGAGAGAUGGGUAUGCCAUGGCAAGAAUGCGAGAAUAAGUGGAAAAACCUUCGAGAUAAAUAUAGGAGGGAAAAGAAGAAAAGGGCAGAAUUGAAAUCUUGUGCGGCGGCAAGUCAUCGGGUUGAGUGGAGCCUUAUGAGAUCCUUAGAGUUCCUUGAACCGUUUACAGCCAUGAGGAGUACAACAUCAAACCUGCCAAUGCCGGAUACACCAUCUUCGAGUGAUGUUGAUGUUACAUUGGAAGCGGUAUCAGAUGAAACAGACCAAUUUCAACCACCUGUGGCAAAAAAGCGUAAAAGCAGCCGGGAUGACCUCAGUGCUGUGUUAGAAAAAUUGCAGCAGUCAUCAGAGAAAAUACAGGAAGAUCCUGAUGAACUCUUCUUGUUGAGCAUGGCUCACGAGGUUAAGACGAUGAGUGUGGAAAAAAGAUGGAGGUUCAAAGUUGGAGUCAUGAAUCUCAUUAAUGAAAUUAAAUACUCUAUUGAAUAAACUAUUGAUAUUACUUAAAUAUAAAUUUUCCUGAAUA